AUGAUUUGCCUUUCUGAAAGGAAAAUCUCAAUACAUCAAAACAAAGGAUUGAUUUAAUUACCUGAGAUAUCCAAAUCUUCAGAACUUCUAAGAUUGAACAAUAUAGCUUUGUAAUCGGGCAAAAAUAAGAAGAAAACAAAACCACAAUCUCCAGAUAAGGACACUUAUUACUUAAAAUUGCCUCAAAUAAAUAAGAAGCCGUAGGAUAAAUCGGACAACUUUUUCAAAUUAUCUAAAUCCCAAUUAUAAACAUAAAAAAUACUUUAUGGAGAUACUUCGCUAGACAAUAUCAAGAAAUACAAUAAACAAAUACAAGAUAUCUAAAAUAAACACAAUCAUUAUAUUAAUAAAAUUGAAGAGCUAUAUAUGAUUACCAAAUAACACUCAUGA